CCUGGCCCAGGUAGCAACAUGGCAGCGGCGACCAUCUCGGUGGAUCAUGAUGAGUUGACGUGUUCGGUGUGUCUGGAGCUGCUGAGAGAGCCGGUGACGCUGCCGUGCGGACACAGCUACUGCCUUACCUGCGUCAGCGACUACUGGAGCGGAAGUCGCCAGAAGGGCCAGUACACCUGUCCUCAGUGCAGGCAGGUGUUCAGCCCCAAACCUCCGCUCAACCGCAACCAGGUGCUGGGCGAGCUGCUGGACAAGCUGCAGCAAAGCGGACUCAAAGACGCUCCACUUCCCACUCGCGACGUCAAAUGUGGACUUUGUCCCUCAGGCGGGAAAAGCCGAGCCGUCAAGUCGUGCGUCACGUGCUCGGAGUUCUACUGCGCGGCUCACCUGAAGGCUCACGAGGGGCGCUUCCGUGGGCGGGGCCACAGCCUGGUCCCGCUCGUGGUGACACCACAGACAAGUGCUUCUAAAGAGAAGUUAUGUCCAUAUCACCACAAAGUAGUGAGGAGCUACUGCCGAGUGGACCAUGAGGGCGCCUGCUCGCGCUGUGUCAAAAGUCAACACAAAGGUCACGAGGUCGUGCCGCUGGUGGACGAGCGUGCAUCACAACAGAGAAAAUUACAAGAAGCAUCUUUGAAGUGUGAGCAGAACCUGAAAGAGUCGGAAAAGGAGCUACGAUAUGCUGUCAGGUACAUCAAACACGCCACUGAGGCGGCGGUGGAGGAAAGUGAGAGAAUAUUCUCCAAGCUCAUCAGCGCCAUGGAGAAGCAGAGGGGUGACGUGAAGGAGAUGAUCCGAGGCCGCGAGCAAGCAGCCCUCGCUCAAACCGAGCAUCUCCUGGAGAAGGUGGAGAGGGAGAUGGUGGAGGUGAGGAGAGGAGAGGCGGAGCUUGAGAAGCUCUCUCGGCUGGACGACCACCUCCACUUCCUUCAGAAGUGCAGAGUUCUUCACUUCCCCACCAAGAAGGUGCAGAUUCCCAACACGGACACGUUCCCAUACUUGAUGUACAAAAGCAUCAGAGGAGGCUUGGCUGAGCUGAGGGACAGUCUGGAAGAAAGUCUGCAGCGAGAGUUCAACAGAAUCUCUGACAAAGUGUCUUCACUGAAGGAAACCAGCAAUCCAAAUCCCUCAGAGAAGAUUAAAGUAACCAUUGAUCCUCACAUCCCGCAUGACUCAGAACCAAAGAGCAGAGAAGAAUUUCUGCACUACGCACAGGACUUAGAGCUGGACCCAAACACGGCCAACCCAUACCUCAGUUUGUCUGAAGACCACAGAACGGUGACCACACGCUCCGAGCCCCAGCCGUACCCCCCGAACCCUGAGCGCUUCACCAGCUGGGCUCAGGUUCUGUGUCGGGCAGGCAUGGCGGGCCGCUGCUACUGGGAGGUGGAGUGGGCUGGUAAGGGCGGGGCCUCAGUGGGCGUGUGCUACAGGAGCAUGGGCAGAAGCGGCAGUGGCAGCGACAGCAAACUGGGCCACAAUUCUAAAUCCUGGAGCCUGGACUGCACACACGGCGGGUGCACGUUUCGACACGACAAGCACGGCGUCGGUGUGGCCACCCUCGGCGGCAACAGGAUAGGAGUGUAUCUGAACUUUAGAGGCGGGGUCUUAUCCUUCUACAGCGUGAGUGACAGCAUGGUGCAUCUUCACAGCGUCCAGACCACCUUCAACCAGCCCGUCUAUCCUGGAUUUUGGGUGGGUUUAGGAUCUUCUUUGAAGCUCUGCUCCCUGUAGACACUUCAACAAUGUGAGGGACAUCCAAUUAGAGUUAACCCAGCUGUACCUAAUAUUGUGGCCAAAUAAGGAAAUAAUAUUGUCAAAUAUUUGCAUAUUUAAUGAUAUAAUUUCAUGUUCCACCAAGCAGCACUUUGUUCAGAUCUUAUUGAAGGCAGCAACAUCCACACUUUGGACCUGUAAGAGUGAGCAAAACUUGUUUAGGUUUCUACUUUCUUUUCAAAGGAAUAAAAUCCGUCUUGAGUGACUUUUACUCACCAAGUCCUCAAACUUGGUAAUCUCCUCCUCCAAGAUGUCCGUCCCCACUUUGUCGUCCUCCACCACACAGUUGAUCUGCAGCUUCUUGAUGCCGUAACCUACGGCCACCAGCUUGGACGCCCCCCACAGGAGCCCGUCCACCUGCACUGAGCGCACACACUCCUCCAGCU